AUGGAGCGCGGCAGGAUGGACACGACCACGCUCGACCGCGUGAGCAGGCUGGCGUCUAACGUGGGUGAUGCCGCUUCAAUUUCCGUGAGCCUUGGACAAAUCGACUGGGACAUCAAGCUGGUCGACCAAGACGUACGCAAGCUGCUCGCCGCGGUGCAAGGGACCUCCAAGCAGACGUAUGCAGGCACCAGCAAUGAGACGGAGCAGGGGAGGGCCUUCCUCCAGAAGCAGCUCGACGGGCUCAUGAAGGAGAAGGCGCAGUACAAGGAGAAGAGGCUGGCCCUCCUGCAGCUCCAGGACGAGCUCCCAGGGAUCCCGGAAGACGCGGCAUACUCGGACCAAAAGGCGGUCGCGGACACGACCCUUGUGUGGAAGGAGACGGUGACUAGCGGUACCUACGAUGCCCCCAAGAAGACGGCGGCUCUCUACGCCGAGGAUGCCGUUCUGUGGGGAACGGUCUCGGAGGAAGUCCGCGACACUCCGGAGCAGAUCUACGCCUACUUUGACUACUUCGCCCGGCUUCCCGAGCUGAGGGUGGUGGAGUACACCCCCGUUGCCGUGCGCGUGUACGGCGACUUUGCGAUCCAGGCCGGCACCUACACCUUCGCCUUCCAGGGAGCGGACGGAGCUACCGUGGAGAAGAGGGCCCGCUUCAGCUUCACCUUCCGGAGGGACAGGCCCGGCAGCCCGCAGCCCUGGACGAUCGUCGAGCACCACUCCUCCUCCAUGCCCACCGCGCCUGCGGGGCUCAAGCGGGUAGGGAAACUGUACUCUGUGAGGGUCUUUCUGCCGGUGGUUGUUGGUUGUGAGUUUUUCAAGGUUGGACCCAACGCUGACCUCGUCAAGGUCACCCCUAAGAAGGUCGAGAUCACCCCUGACCAGAAGGCGGUGGCGGCAACCACGAUCGUGUGGAAGGACACGGUGACUCUCGGAACCGAUGACGCUCCGAAGAAAACGGCGGCUCUCUACGCCCCUGACGCGGUUCUUUGGGGGACGGUCUCGGAGGAGGUCCGCGAAACGCCCGAGCAGAUCUACGACUACUUCGACUUCUUCGCCCGUCUCCCGAAGCUGAGGGUGGUGGAGUACACCCCGGCCCCUGUGCGCGUCUACGGCGAGUUUGCCGUGGAGGCCGGCACCUACACGUUCGCCUGGCAGGGGGAGGACGGAAAGACCGUCGAGAAGAGGGCCCGCUUCAGCUUCACCUUCCGGAGGGGCAAGCCCGGCAGCCCCCAGCCGUGGACGAUCGUCGAGCACCACUCCUCCUCCAUGCCCAUCGCGCCGGCAGAGCUUAAACCGGUGGGUGUUGCACGAGGCGCGUGGCUUGAGACAUUUGGCGGGUUCACGGCGUUUUUUUCCGGUGCCGCAUAG